CCCGCCCCCCUUCCCCCUCCGUCCUCAUCCUCAACCAGUGAAGAAGACGAAGAAACACCUCCGGCGGCCAAGAAGCUUCACGAACGCAGCCUAGCGUGUACCGUACAGGAAGUGAACGCCCUCGUCGGGGCCCCCGUGGAGAUGAAGGCGAAGCAAGCGGAGCUUGCGGAAGCCCGCCGGAGGUGCAGAUGAGGUUGGCGGGAAUGCUAACGGGGCCACGCCCCCUCGCGCCUCCGGCCAUGUUGUCGAAGAGGAAGGCGUGCGUGGCGCUGGGCAUCGCCGCCCUCGUCCUCCUCAUGCUAGCCAGCCAGAGCAUCCAGAGGAAGCACUUCCUGUCGCUGUCCGUGGCCACGCCCACCCGAGACAACGUCAGCCAGGAGACGGAGCUUCCUGCUGACGUCGGCGGCCCCCAAAAACUUGUCAGCACCGCCCCGCUUGACAAGCUGGCGCAAGGCGACGCUGGGCAGGAUGCGAGGCCCUGCGGUUGUCCCGAGUCGUGCGUGUCUGACCUGAGCGAAUCCGACUGGUUCCGCCGUCGCUACGAUCCCCGACAGCGGCCCGUCCUGCGCAACGCCAAGGACCGCUUGAACCCGGACGCGCUCAACUGGUGGCUUGUGAGAACUGCACGCCGGACAUCCAAAACGCAUGCCGUACAUACAAUUUUUGCAAACAUCGUUGAAACGAACCUAACGUGCGCGCGACCGAUUCCCGUUUUCCCGCUCAGGAUGAACAAGGCGGUGACGCGCGGCUUCGAAAAAGACGUGGGGAACCGCACGACGCAUCACUUUGUGUACCCGGAGAGCGCGGUGGACGUGGGCCGCGGCGUCAGUCUCAUCCUGCUGCCCUUCAAACUCCGAGACAUGGAAUGGCUGAGCAGCGCCCUCUCCACCGGCCACGUCAAAAUGACGUACAUGCGCGUGAGAGUGCGAGUGGAGGCGGAUAAAGACAAGGUGCUGGUGGUGAGCCCGGCGUUCUUCAAGUACGUGCACGAGCGCUGGACGGAGCGUCACGGCCGCUACCCGUCCACCGGGAUGCUCGCCAUCGUCUUCGCGCUGCACAUCUGCGACCAGGUGUCCGUGUUUGGUUACGGGGCCGACAAGCAGGGCAAUUGGCACCACUACUGGGAGGAGAACCGCUACGCCGGCGCCUUCCGCAAGACGGGCGUGCACAGCGCCGACUUUGAGAUGCAAGUCAUACGGCAGCUGGCCGAGGAGGGUAGAGCCUGA